AUGAGCCAGCCAGCGACUCGGCUCGAGCGUCCCACGCCCGACGACUCUGAGCAAGUCAGCAUCAGCGAUCGCUACGCCUACACACCGCGGUCUGCAGCACCCGAUGCAGAGCGGCUGCUGACCUCCGAUGAUGACGACGAGGAGGAUGAUUUGGAGGCGAUCGAGCUGGGACUGACGGGCAACCGCGCCGCGUCCACCGCAAUGUCUGCGUCAGCUAGUAGUGAUCGCAACAGCACGGCAGCAGCGCAGGGACUGCAAUCCAGCGGCAGUCGCGGCGUGGGCGCAGCACCAUCGCGCGGACGGGUUUCACGCAGCGCCGUGUCGGGCGCGUGCUUGCAAAGCCGGAUUUGCCAAAUUCUGCUCGGAUUGACCGUUGCUGCAAUCGUGCUUGGCAUUGGCAUUGCAAUUGGCAGAGUCAUCGAAGCGCACUCGACAACAACAACUCAAGGCGGGAAUCACAACACGCAACCCGAUCCGAAUGCGUUCCGAGGUGUGCUGCUGAUCUCCAUCGAUGGAUUCCGCGCAGAGUAUCUCGACCGAGGUCUCACGCCAACCAUGAAGCGCCUUGCCUCGCAGGGCGUUCGAGCUCAGGGAACAGUCACCUGCUUCCCGUCAAAGACCUUCCCGAAUCACAUUUCGCUCGUGACGGGGCUGCUCCCAGACGUGCAUGGCAUUGUGGACAACACAUUCUACGAUCCUGUGCUCAACCAAAACUUCCGCUACAGUGAUCCAGCGGUGAACCGAGAACCGCGUUGGUGGCUCGCUGAGCCAUUAUGGAUUACCGCAGAGCGCCAGGGCGUCACGUCCGGAACCUGGUACUGGCCUGGGUCGGAAGUCUUCUAUGACGGGAAUCGACGCGCGACCUAUCUCACGCCAUUCGCGAACGGCUUGAGUAACGCCGCGCGGAUUGACGGAAUUCUCGGGUGGCUCGAUCUUCCGGCCAUUCGGCGUCCGUCGUUUGUAGCACUGUAUCUAUCCAGUGUCGACAGUGCCGGGCAUUCUUUCGGGCCGGAUUCUGGUCAGGUCAACAACGCACUCGUGGAUGUCGAUAGUGCAAUCGAUCGUCUUCUUGAUGGCCUGGCGUCGCGAAAUCUCGAUCAGUUGGUGGACGUUGUGCUGGUUUCAGACCAUGGCAUGACUGCCACCUCUGCGUCCCGCGUCAUCUUGCUCGAUUCGUUUAUCGAUCUGACGCUUGUGCGAGUGAUUUCGACUGGUUCGCACAGCGGUCUGAUUGUGCAAGAUGAAGCACUCGUCCCCGAAAUCGUUGCCAAUCUGACCCAUGUGCAUCCGUACCUGCACGCCUAUGCCCGAAAAGACAUUCCUGCGCGAUUCCAGUACGGAAACUCGCCUCGCGUCCCGUCCGUGUUUGUCAUGGUGGACAUCGGGUGGACUGUGACGACGCAAGCCAUCCAAGGCGUCAUCCCAGGCAACCAUGGCUUUGACAACCAAGAGCCAGACAUGCACGGGUUGUUCAUUGCCUCCGGCCCGUCGUUCCGAGCACGCGCGGGAACGGUCGUUGCAUCGCCCAGCAUUCUCGAUGUGUAUCCACUAGUUGGUCGGCUGCUCAACGUGACUGUUUUGCCGCACAACGGGACCGACCAGCUGGCUUCUUUGGUGGCCUUUUAGGCGUGUGCUUUGUUCUGAUUUCUUUCACAGUCACGACACCGAGUCCCCUAAGCAAAAUACAAACUAUCUCAGACGCAAG